AUGAAAAUUGUAAAAUCACAUUUAAAUAAUUACUCAUCAACCGAGUAUAGUAUCUCGUUGGAUCAUAUUCAAAGCCAGUAUAUAUCAAUGUGCUUAAUCUUUGGAAAUGCAAAUUUUUGCUAUGGAAAUUUUACUGCGUUUAUUAUUGAAGAAAAUAAUAAUGUAAGUCAGGUAUCUAAUGCUCCGACUAGCUUAGUGGGUUCUAGCUCAAUUUAUUAUAACUUGCGUUCUCUUUAAAUUGGAGCAACAAAAUUAUCCCAAUUUAAAGGUGGUUAAAUUUUUUUAUAAAAUACCUAAAAUGAAUGCAAUAUUUUUAAAUUUUAAUUUAUUAUAUAUAUAUUUAAUUCAAAAUAUUAAUCAAAUCAGUGUACUAAUUGUUUAAAUAGCAUUUUAAAUGAGGUCAAAGCUAUUUAUAUAAAAAUUAAAUUUACCAUUGAAAAAUUAAUAUUUUGUUCCAAAUUAAAGGGUGGAGUAAGAAUGGCGUCUAUAUUUUUGGAGGAUGAUCAAGUAUGGCUACAAUUCACGCAUCCAAGUAUAGUUUAAAAAAUGGCACUUGGAAAAAUUUAAACAUUAUGCCAGCUUUUUCUUCAUUCGUAUCUUUUGCAGAAAAAAAAAUAUGAUUAUCCGGAAGGGAGCACUCAAAGACAUAUUGCUAUGAUAUAAUUCAAAAUAAUUACACUGAACUGCAAAGUGUUAAAGCAAACUAUACCAAAAUUUUAUGUGGAAAUAGAAAGAACUAUUAUGUGAUAGAAGCAUGCGGAAAUAUUUAUGAAAGUGAUUAUGAAAGCGAUUUUGAAUGGAUGAUGUGGAAAGAAUUAGGAAGCUCAGAAAUUGAAAAUACCCCGCUGAUUGGAUGCAAAGUGAGAUGACAAGGUAAGGUUUAUUUUGCGUUUAGCAAUUAUAAUUUAUAUGAGUUUGACUUAAGAGAAAAGAAAAUUCAGAAGAUUAAAACAAUUUAA